AAACUAAACAUAAAAUAAUUUGGCACCGUUGGGGUUUUGAACCCUGCGUGUAGUUGUUGCAGUUGCAGAGAAACCCUGGCAAUGGCAGCUACGGCAAUGCACAAGUUCCCCCAAGACCAAUACGUAGACGCAGUUCGUUGGCUUCCUCAAUUAUCUCCGUUAGAUCGAUUUGCAGUUCUUGCUCUAUUUGAUUUUGAUUCCGAUGCUUCAUCUAUCCAAAUCCACUCUCUCACCCCAAAUCCCUUCUCCCUCCAACCCCAAUUCUCGUGGUCCUCGCCUUCCCGCAUUUCCUCUCUCAAGACCUCGCUCUUCCUUCAGAAACCCCUCAUUGUCGCUUCCACCGCCGCCGGUUCUCUUCACUUCCUCUUCGCGGAUUCCUCGGACGCCUCGUUCGACUCCGAGGUAUCGCUUCCCGAGGGUACGCUUCAUUCCGUCCCUGCUUCUUCCGUCGACCUAAUGGACGGUGGCGUCGAGUGCGUCACCGCCGGGGAGGAUGGGAAGAUCAACUUGGUUGGUGUUGGGGAGUCGAAUUUGAGUUGCCGGAGGUUGUUUGAUAGCGGCGGCUUGGUAUCUUACACGGCGGCGAGGUGGGCCUCGUCGGUGGAAUUUGCUACCGGUGGGUACGGCUUCAGCCUUCAGUGGUGGGAUCAACGGAAACCGGGAGGUCCGGUUUCUAAUUUUAAGGGUAACUGGGAUAAAAAAUUGAGUUCAGGAAUUGUGCACUCCAUUGACAUUCAUCCGUCACGAAAACACACCUGUCUGGCUGGUGGCUCCUUGGGUACUGUUUUUGCCUGGGAUCUUAGGUGGCAGCAACAACCAAUUAUACUUUCUGGUGCUGGGGCUGGGACUGGAGCCGGCAACACUAUGAUCCAGUCAAUAUGUGAAAGCGAGGUUUGGGAGGUACAGUAUGACCGUUGCAUAAAAUCAAACACUUCAUCAACCCGGAUCUUACCUUCCAUGAUCUGCUCGGAGGAUGGAAUUCUCGCAGUGAUUGAGCAAGGUGAGGAACCUGUUGAGCUUCUAGCCGAAGCUUGUGCAAUCAACAGCUUUGAUAUUGAUCGACAUAAUCCAUCGGAUGUGAUAUGUAGUUUAGAAUGGGAAGCAGUGGCCAUAUUGACAAGACAAUAACAUUCAGAGUUUCUACCAUUUGGUGGCUUUAAUUUCAGAAUGGAUAAAAUUGCAACUGAUACAAAGGAGUGGAGCUUUUAACGGACUAUUUUUCCUUUUUAUGCAUUCCGCAAUGUUCUAUUCCUUUUGUAAAGCCAUUUGCACGCAAAUGGAUUUUGGGAUUGUACACUAUGUAGCAUGCGAAAAGUGACUCAAAGGGGGCACAUUCUACCAUUUCCUACUACCUAACACCCGAAUUACCUAAAGUGCAUUCCCUUGUUAAUGUGAACACGAGGAUUCAUUUUUUUUAAUUUAUGUUUAGAAGAAAGAAGAAAACGAAAAGAAUUGAGGAAGAUAUUUUCAUUUUUUUUCUUGUUAAUCCUCUACCAAGGAAUUGAAAUUGAUGUGAAGCCCUCCAUUUUCAGCACCA